AUGAUGCAGUCGAAUAUAGAAUUUGGAAUCCUAAAUACCCCAAUCUCAAAUCCAAACAAUCCAACCACAUAUUCUCGACGAACGUCAAAUUUCUUCCCAUCUCCAAGCAAUAAUAAUCACAACACAGCCACCACAACAACAACAAUUUCCUCGACUAUUAAUUCCGAACCCACUACCAAUACCCACACACAUCAUCGUCUAAUGUCUCCUCCUAAUAGUAGUUAUGGAGAAGAAUACCAUCACAAAAUAGCACCAGUGCCAGCGUUUGAAAGACAAUUAUUGAAUGGGUUUGAUUUUGAAAAUAUGAGAACGUUUGCCGAGCCUGCUCCUGUGAGUCAUCAUUUCAAACAACAACAACAAACUCAGACACAACGGCAAAAACAGCUGGUUUUGGAUUGGUCAUCUCCAAAUACUUUAUCUUCACCAAUUUUGGAAAAUCAUUUCGGUGGAGGAGGAGGGGUAAGUCAUUAUAUUUCGGAUAUACAAUCCAGUAGUCAAAGUUUGAAUUUUGCUUUGAAUGAGGAUAUGAAUCGACUUUCACUUCAAUCAGGGUUCGAUUUCCCGAGAACAACGGUAGGAAGUGUGAGUGUUAAUUCUAGGAGUUUGAAUUACAAUGACCGACAACAACAGCAACCACAGGUGAAUAAUUGGAUAUGGAGUGAUAAUAAACCUGUUUCUGUGCCGCAGGUUUCUGUACCACUGGUGUCUGUACUGCAAGUGCUGACAUUGAAAUUGGGGAGUAGUUUGUUUGAGGAUACUGAUCAUAUAUUUUCGCCAUUUUUUGUGGAAGAAGAAGAGGAAGAAAAGGUAGAAAAGGAAGAAAACGCAGCGACAAUGGGGAAUGGAAAUGAGAUGAAGAAAAUGAAUGGUGAUGCAAUCGAGAGAAGAACUAGGAAAAAGAGGGAAAAGGGUAAUAGAUAUCUGGAAAAGGUUAAUAAUCCUGCGUUCAUACCCAAUGGAAUAACGGAUCCACCGAAGAAAAAGAAAGAGGUCAUUCCAAGUACUCCAAAAGCAAAAGUAGAGAGUAAAAAAGUUAUAAUAGUAGAUACCAAGAAACCAAAGAAGAAGAAUAUACGACACAAUAAUACUCCUGGUCAUCAUUCAUAUUCUAAAUUAGAAAAUGAAGCUAUAAUUCCAUUCAAUAAAGUAAAUGUUAAAUUGAAUCUCCCCCAAAAAACAGCAACAACCAGACAAGAUAUCAAAUCUCAUGAUUUCUUUAUCCGAGAUAUGAUACUUGCACCAGAAUCAAUGACAAAUCGAUAUCUGGAAGAUUAUUGUUCUACUUUUUAUAAACGAAAUAUUCAUGGAUAUAUGUUUACAAAAGAACCAUCAAAUUCACUUAAAGUGAGUAAUACAGGAAAUAAAUCAUGGGUUCAAUUAAAAAUAGACUUAAUCCCUGGUGAACGGAAAUUUUCAAGAAAAUUAAAAGUUGAUGUUAAAGAAUUACCAAUUUGGAAACCAAUUAAUUUAAAUAGUACAAUUGGUCAUAAUCUGUCUAGAAAGAGUAAUAAUAGUCCCAAUAAGAAGAAAUGGGGUAGUAGUGCUUCUAAAGAAUAUCUGAAAUCUAAAGCAACUAAUUCAUCAAGGAGAUUUGGAAAGAGAUCAGUAUCUGCAUAA